AUGGUCGCAUCUCCGCCAAUCUCACCCAUGGCCUCCGGGCCGACCAUCAAGAUCGCAGAGGGCGCCCACCCAAACCAGCUGCGCCGCUCCGAGUCCGAGCAGCGGUUCCGGCCCCUCCAGCCGACGGACACGACGGGGCUCGCGGGCGGCAUCUACAACACGCGGGAGCUCUCGCGGGUCGCCACGCACAGGAGCGCGCAGCGGGUCUCGUUCGACCGCAACUCGGAGGCGGUCGACGUCGAGGAGGGCGACAACUGGCGCGACAGCGAGCAGCCCAAGGUCAAGCAGGUCUACCGCGGCAAGACGCUGCUGUGGCUCGCGUACCAGUCCGUCGGCGCAAUCUACGGUGACAUCGGGACCAGUCCCCUCUAUGUGUUCUCGUCGACGUUCACGUCGCCUCCGGAUUAUGAUGCCGUCCUCCAGGUCGUGUCGCUGAUCAUCUGGUCGCUGACUAUCAUGGUCACCUUCAAAUAUGUACUUAUCGUGCUGCGUGCCGAUAAUGAGGGUGAGGGCGGCACUUUCAGCUGCUAUUCUCUUUUGACCAGAUUUGCCAACAUAACUGCCCGUGACCCGAGAGAAGAGGCUUUGGUGCACAUGGAAAGGCACCAAACCGGAAAUCUACGGCCAUCAAACCUCGGCGUCCGCUCGCUCCUGGAAAGGAGUCGGUUCUUCCGCGGCCUGCUCAAGACAAUCGGCGUCCUAGCCGUGUCCAUGGUCCUCUCCGACGGCGUGCUCACGCCAGCACAGUCCGUCCUCGGCGCAGUCCAGGGCCUCAACGUCGUCAGCCCCGACAUCUCGAGCUCCACGGUCGUGGGGACCUCGUGCGGCAUCAUCCUCGUCCUGUUCUUCGUCCAGCCCCUGGGCCUGUCGCGCCUGGCGUCGGUCUUCGCGCCGAUCGUCAUCCUCUGGCUGGCCUUCAACGGCGGCUUCGGCAUCUACAACCUGGUCCAGUUCGACCACAGCGUCCUCAAGGCGUUCAACCCCUACUACGCCUUCCAAUUCUUCAUACAGCGCAAGACUGAGGGCUGGAAGAUGCUCGGCGGCGUGCUGCUCGCCUUCACCGGCGUCGAGGCCCUCUUCGCCGACCUGGGCGCCUUCUCCAUGCGGGCGAUCCAGCUGAGCUGGCUGUGCUGGACGUACCCUUGUCUGCUGCUGGGGUACCUUGGGCAGGCGGCGUACAUCAGCCACCACCCUGACGCGUACUCGAACCCGUUCUAUAACUCGGUGCCUCCGGGGAUGCUGUACCCGUCUCUGGUCGUCGCCGUCCUGGCUGCUAUUGUGGCUUCGCAGGCUAUCAUCACAGCUACGUUUCAGCUCAUUGCCCAAAUCAUGAAACUUUCGUACUGCCCGCAGGUGAAGGUCGUGCACACCUCCAAGACUUUCCACGGACAGCUCUACGUCCCCUUUCUCAACUGGCUGCUCAUGUGCGGCACCAUUCUCGUCACAGCCGUCUACUCCAACACCACGCGCCUCGGCAACGCAUACGGCGUCUGCGUCAUGUUCGUCACAUUCUUCGACACGUGCAUGGUCACGCUGGUGGCCCUCAUCGUCUGGCGCAUCCCACCCUACCUCGUCGUCGUGCCCUGGCUGUGCUUUGCCUCAGUGGACGGGUUGUACCUAUCGUCGGCCCUUAACAAGGUGCCGGAUGGCGCCUGGUUCACCCUGACCAUCUCAGCGAUCCUUACUGGCCUGUUCAUGCUGUGGCGCUUUGGCAAGGAGAUGCAGUGGAAGGCCGAGGCGGAGGACCGGUUCCGCCUCAACACGCUGGUCAUCAAGGACGACGAGGGCAAGCUGAAGCUGACGCAGCGCUGGGGCGGCGACCAGCUCUCCCAGAUCCGCGGGCUGGGAAUCUUCUUCGACAAGACGGGCGUCAUGACCCCCGCCGUCUUCACGCAGUUCGCGUCCAAGUUCAACGCCGUCAUGGACGCGCCCACCGUCCCGGACGCCGAGCGCUACUCCGUCUCCAAGUUCACCACCAUCCCCGGCUGCUACAGGCUCGUCGUCAAGCACGGCUUCAUGGACGAGGUCAUGUCCCCGGACCUGGCGGCGCUCAUCUACGAGAAGGUCCGCUCCUUCGUCAUCCGCCAGGCCGCGCGGGGCGAGGAGAUCCGCCGCGAGGACCCCUCGCUGUCGGGCGACGGCGGCUCCCAGGCCACGCAGCGCAGCGGCAUCGAGAACGUCGAGGGCGUCCCCAUGUCCGAGGCCGCCACCCUCGACGCCUCGGGCGCGGCCGCCACCGCCAGCACCUCAGGCGCGGAGGUCGCCCCCGCCCCGGCGCCGUCGGAUGGCCCCUCGAGCAACGGCGGCCCCCGCGAGAGGCACAUCUCGGAGAAGCUGCCCAUCGAGCUGCGCGACGGGGCCGUCGCGGCCGAGCUGGCGCGCCUGGACCGCGCUUACGCCGCCAAGAUCAUGUACGUCGUCGGGAAGGGCCAGAUGCGGACGAGGACGGGGACGCCGAUCUUUAGGAGGUUCGUGCUGGCUACUUUCUUGUGGAUCAGGGACAACACGAGAGCCAAGAUUGCGAACCUGCGGUUGGCUAUGGAUCGUGUUGUUGAGGUUGGGUUUGUCAAGGACAUUUGA